AUGGACGUGAUGUCCUUGACUGAUUUAGGUGAUGCCUUAAAGGCUGGCGACUUAUUCGAAGUGGUCAUGAUUCGGCCUGAAGAACAACUCAACUCGUCGUCGGUGGUUGACGACGAGGUCCUUGGCACCAAAAAGGCGCGAACGCGAGUAGCGGAUCUGAGAUCCUCAGGACGUUUGGAUCCAUUUAACUCACUGUUGGCUGAGUAUGGUGACGUCGUGUCGAGGACACCGCCCAUGGGGAUACCUUCAGAUCGAGGUCGUCGGCCAUCCUAA